AUGAAUGAUGCAGCCUUGUAUGUGAUGAAGAAAUAUAAGGAGAUCAUGAUCGUAAGUCUCUACGUCGACGACUUAGUGAUCACUGGCAACGAUCCUCAACUCAUUGAAAAAUUCAAGGAAGACAUGAAAUUGAAGUUUGAGAUGACAGAUUUGGGGUUGCUGAAUUAUUUUCUUGGAAUGGAAAUCAUUCAAGAUGUUCAUGGAAUUUUUCUGUCACAAGAAAAAUUUGCAUGUAAUCUCAUUGAGAAGUUUGGCAUGAAAGAGAGGAAGAGUGUAAGUUCCCCACUUACACCAAACGACAAAAAGAUUAAGAAUGAUGAAGAAUAUGGUGUACCAACAAAGUUCAGAAGUGUCCUUGGUGGGCUAUUGUAUCUCUGUGCAUCAAGGCCAGACUUGAUGUUUGCAAGCUCUUAUCUCUCGCGAUACAUGACUGCGCCACUCAUGAAGCACUACCAAGAAGUCAAGAGAGUGAGGGAUAUUGAGGGAUAUUGGAUUUGA